GCGAUCCUUCGUCGGCAUCCUUCCAAGAAGCUUCGCCGUGUUUUGGAGGACCCUUCCACGUAUAGGUUCCAGGCGCUUGUAUCAGAAGUUGCUGCAAACGUAAGCGGCCAGCCUCGUCUGCGUCGACAUGGCUACCGAGUGGACCAUGAGUACUUCUAUCCCGCCAGUGCCAUCAAGCUGUGUGCCGCAGUGGUGGCUCUUCUGAGAGUGGCAGAGUUCCAAGCUCGAGGCGAAAUCAUAUCGUUGCACUCGCCUCUCUCCUUCCUCCCUCUGUACCUUGGAGACAAGGAGGAGAGCCAUGACCCGUCCAACUUGAACGGAGGGCAUAUCACCAUAGCUCAUGAGAUCAGAAAGAUGUUCCUGGUGUCUAGCAACACAGCGUACAACAGGUUCUAUGCCUUGACAGGACAAAGGCGACUCAAUGAAGCCAUGCACUCCCUGGGUCUCUGUUCCGCGCACCUCUCCCACCGCCUCUCCAUCCCCCUCUCUCCUCUCGACAAUCGCCGCUGUGAACCCGUGCAAGUGGGCUUGGAAGGCCAAGCCAAUGCAUCCGCAUUCUGCUUUCCUCCCAAGUGCAGCAGUCGUGUGCUGGCUCCGGUGGAGGGAGUGGAGGGGUUGCUGGUUGGGCGUGCUUAUAUCGAUGCCGAUGGCACCAAGGUCAAUGCGCCCUUGGACUUCUCCCCCAAGAAUCGCUUGACUCUCGUUGACCUGCAGAACCUCCUUGUGCUGCUCAUGCGCCCAGACAUACAGCUGCCUGGCUGCCAGCCAAUCGGAUUGGACGAAGGUCACAGGCUGCUGCUGCUAGAGGCAAUGAGGCAGUACUCACGGGAAUCUCACAACCCCAGAUAUGCUGACAAGAAGUACACGGAUGAUUACUGCAAGUUUUUUCUGCCCGGAUUGUGCCGAGUGCGGCCAAAGGAAGCUCUGCGCGUCUACAACAAGAUUGGGCAGGCGUUUGGCUUCACUAUUGAUAACGCCUAUAUUCUCGACAUAGAGACAGGAAGGGAGUUCUUCCUCUCUCUUGCUCUCUACACCAAUGAAAACGGCUGCCUGAACGACGAUAAGUACGAGUAUGACCUGGCGUAUGAUGUGGCAGCUGACGUGGCGGAGGCCAUUGCUAGGGCCCUUUGGGAUAAGAACAUGACUCGAGACCAGGAUGACAUGGCAGCUAACUUGGUUGCUGAUGCGUCCGCUGAUGCAUCAGCUGAUCUGGCAACUGACGUAUCAGCUGAUGUAUCAGCUGACGUGGCAGCCGAUGUUGCAGCCGAUGUGGCAGCUGAUGUGGCAGCUACUGCAUCAAAGACCAAGUCCUUGAAGGAGGAGCAUCUUCCUCACUCCCCGGCAUCCAUAUCACCAGGAGCCUCAGAUUCUCCUCAAGUUUCAAAUUUCCCAGCUUCAUGUUGUUUUGAACCGCCUCAAAAGGGUAUUUCUGACCCUGUGGCUUGCCUAUCAACAAAGUCAGCUGCAGAUUCCUCUCAAAUUUCGGAUAUUCCAGACCCAGCACAGAACAUCAGCAGUAAGACCCCGCUCCCUGUAUACUCGCUUUUCGUUGAUGAAUGA